AAAAUGAUAGAGAGAAGCACCUCCAGUACAUAUGGAGACUUAAUAAAUAUGAGGAAGAAGACGAGAAACCUGCCACUAGGAAUGUGUGAUACCUUUCAGCCUAAGAGUUAUCAGCAUAGCCCGAAAGUCCUAACUGGGAGUUACUCAAACCACAGGUUUGUUAAAGGUAAAGGAUUAGUAUCUCCCUACCAGACACAUAAAUAGUGCUCUUGGCCUAGGAAAAACAAUCGAGAGAGAUUCACAAAGGAGAUAUCAGAUGAAUGGGCUUACUUCUUUCUGUAGAGAAAAGCUUGGACCAAUCAAGAGAGUUGAAAUGAAGGAUAUUAUGAUUGAAAAGCAACUGAAAAGACCGACUAAUCUUUCAACUGCUAACUUACAAAAGCGAUUUUCGAAAAAUAGCACUAUCAAUAAUCGUGGAAAUAAAAACAUAAAGAAAUUGAUUCCGACAAAUUCAACUGUGAAGUUAGAUUCUCUUGAGCAUAAAUCACGUCUUGAUCUUAAUUUCUUGAAGAAAAGCAGAGACGAGAGAAAAUAAGAACAAUCUGAAUCUAGGAAAGCCAAGAAAUGGGUCGCAACAGAAGUUGUACCACAACUCAACAUCUCCACUGAAAAAUUUAGAUGGAAAGGGAUCUAUUUCUCAUGAAUUCUGGUUUGAUUCCAAUCAAUGCCAAAACUCAUGGGACAAGGUUACUGAGUACAACACUCUAGUCAGUCAGCUCAUGCGUGAUCGAGAGAAGGAGCUGAAGCGCAGCAAAAUUGAGAAUUUGAAAUAAAAUGCUAAAUAAUCAGAUCAAGGCGAAGAAAGAUAGGCUCAAGGAAGUAAAUUCACUUAAAAUUUUGGAAAAAUAAAAAUGUAGAAUUCUUAGCGGAGAAAGCUAGAAUGGAGGAGGAAGACGAGGCUAAAUUACUACGUGAAAAAAUGGCACUUGAGAGAAAGAUGAUAGAGAAACAAUUAAGAGUGUUCAAGUCUAAAUAAAAUGCACGAGGCAUCUGAAAAGAAUCGUGAGAAAGCCCUUGAGCUCAAGCUACAUCAAAAGGAGCUGCAAAAGUCAGAGAUUGAUAUUUUAAACGCAAAGCUUCAAUUGACGAAGAAGCUCCAAGCCACGCAUGAGGAGAACAGGUUGAUCUCUCUUCAGCAUAAGAAGGAAAAGGAGCUGGAGAAGCACAGAGAUUUAUUAGCCCUAAAGGAAUACAGCAAGGUGUUGGAUAAGGAAGAAAAAGAAAGAAGGAAAAGUCUCAAGCAAAGACAAGAGGAGGUCAGAAGGAAAGUGCAAAGAGAGGUUAGCUUAGUGGGAGUUACAAGAGACCAAAAAGGAGGUAAAUGUAACUCAAAUAGUGAACUAAUGUCACUAGAAGAGCAUAAGCUUAAUAGACAUAUAAUUCUGUCACUAUCUAAUCUAAAGAAGGAUCCUCAGCUGAUAAACUUGCAGAAAUUAGGUCCUUUCUAACUCAAGCUCUUUCUCGCAUUCCCUGCUGGGUGCUAAUCUAUAAUUAUUUCAACAAUUAGUUC